UUACAGAUUUAUGACAGACGGCAAACUUUUCUGUGUUGAUUUUCUGAUGUAUUUUUCAUCUUCAAGAUUUUUCCAAUAAAAACGAAACGACUUAAACGAAUAUUUAAUCUAUUUCAUCAUUUUCUUCACGUUAAACGUUAAACCACGAAAGUGUGUCACGCCAACGGUUCUAUGAUCUCAAACGCCGAAAACAGGUAAAAAAAUUAGGGAGAGGUGACGUUUUUUUUUUAGUUCAGGACACGUAUAUGCUUAUGUGAUAAGGAAAAGCGGCGAUUGUGAUGAUUUUCGAAAGACCGUGAGUGAAAAUGAACGGAAAACUGUUGCUUGUGCUGUUUCUCGCGCUCGUGUGCUGCGAGUUUUCAGAAGAGUCGGUGCAGGGACCGCCCGAAUUCAAAAAAUCCACCGAAAGCGAUGAAGAAACGUCGGAAUCAACCAAGACUGAGCCCCAAAGAGAACAAUUUGUAGCCUCGAUUGAGGAACGAGACGGUACGACUGCCAUACGCAUCGAACCAGCACCCGAUCUCACCAAGCAAAAAGAAAAUGAAAAAGAAAACCGACUACCUUCAACCAACUUUAUAAUGAUCGACCAAGUCAAGGUGAUCGAAGAUAUAGUCAAAGACAUUGACGCCCUAAAUAAAAGGGAAGACCCCGAUGAUGAAGAACUGCCCCCGAUACCUGAGUCAGCUUUAAUCCAAACAGAACUGGGCCCCGAGGAAUUGGAAGGAAAAAAAAUCUACGAAGCAGCUGCUGCUAUUCUUAAUAAAAUACGGCCUGAUAAAGCUAAGGCUUAUGAAAUGCUAAUGGACGCUUCCAAUAAGGGAAAUUUGGAAGCUAAGGCUUUGGUGGCCUGGGCCAAACUGUUUGGAAGUCCCUUAAAACAAGAUAUUCUCGUAGCCAAAGAGAUGUUCAGCGAAUUGGCUGAAAAGGGUAAUCCCGAUGGUCAUAUGGGCAUGGGAUUUUUGUAUGCCUCUGGAUUGACUGUAAACGUGAGCCAAGCCAAGGCUUUGGUUCAUUAUACUUUUGGGGCCCUCGGUGGCAAUACGUGGGCCCAAAUGGCACUGGGUUAUAGAUAUUUGUCCGGGAUAAGUAUGGGUCCCACUUGUGAGAAAGCACUUGAUUUUUACAGAACUGUUGCCGAUAAAGUCAGCCAAGGAGUGUCAUUUAGUGGUGGUGCUGCCAUACAAAGAAUCCGGCUUUUAGAUGAACUGGAGAAUGGUUACACUUCGGGAAUUUUGGACAAUGAUCUGUUUGAAUAUUAUCAACUUUUAGCUGAGAAAGGGGAUGUACAAGCCCAAGUUGGACUAGGUCAGCUUCAUUAUCAAGGUGGCAGAGGAAUAGACUUAGACUAUCAGAAAGCUAUGCAUUACUUCACACAGGCGGCAGACGCGGGGAACCCCAUGGCUAUGGCAUAUUUAGGAAAGAUAUAUCUUGAUGGAAGCGAUGAAGUUGAAGCAAACAAUGACACCGCUUUUAAAUACUUUAAAAAAGCUUCAGAUUUAAACAACCCCGUCGGUCUGAGCGGUUUAGGCCUCAUGUACCUUUACGGUAAAGGAGUAGAAAAAGAUUAUGAUAAAGCUUACAAGUAUUUCUUAGCCGCUGCUGACCAGGGUUGGGUAGACGGACAAUUACAGCUGGGAAAUAUGCAUUUUGGUGGUUUAGGUGUGAAGAAAGACUACAAACUGGCCAAUAAGUAUUUUUCUUUGGCUUCGCAGUCUGGACAUGUUUUGGCUUAUUACAAUUUAGGCCAAAUGCAUGCUAAGGGUACUGGAAUGCUUAGAUCGUGUACUACUGCUGUGGAACUGUUUAAAAACGUCGCUGAACGAGGUAGAUGGGGAGAACUUCUUAUGCAGGCCCAUUCAGACUACAGGGACGGGUUACCAGACCAGGCCUUCAUCCAAUACGCCCUCCUGUCUGAACUUGGCUACGAGGUGGCGCAAAGUAACGCGGCUUUCAUGCUUGACAGACAGGAAGUACCUAUGCUGGACACUCACGAGGCUUUGGUUAGGGCUCUGUUGUACUGGUCCAGGGCUGCUGCUCAAGGAUAUUCAGCUGCGCAGGUUAAAUUGGGCGAUUACUAUUACUACGGUUUAGGCACUUCAGUAGACUACGAAACGGCAGCGUCUCAGUACAGGAUUGCAGCAGAACAACAGCAUAAUGCUCAGGCGAUGUUUAAUUUGGGCUAUAUGCACGAGCAAGGGUUGGGAUUAGAGAAAGAUGUGCAUUUAGCGAAAAGGUGUUAUGAUCUGGCAGCUGACACGAGCGGUGACGCAAAAGUUCCAGUAGCUCUGGCCUUGUUUAAAUUAAGCUUCAUGUUCAGUUUUGAAAGAAUUAAAGAGAGCCCAUUCAAUCACUUGGUAAAUGUAACGGAAUCACUUGGAGCCGACUGGGACUUAUACCUACUCUCUACGCUUCUAGCUCUGUUAGCGACCAUCGUGUAUUUCAGGCGACCCCAAAAUCAAGCGGUAAUCAACAUUUUGUUCUUCUAAACAACACGCACCCUGUAUAUGUUCAACUAACGCCUCAAGCUUGCGCCAUCUUUCCCGAAAUAAAUACCAGUCAUUAUUUCGACUAGUAAUAAAUAAUAAUAAUAUGUUGGAAUGAUGUUCUGUAUGCGCCACAAUAUUUGGAUGCUUAUACGGGGGUAGUCUGAAAGUUUCCGACGUCGACUCACUCAAGCGACUGUCAAAUCAACAACCAAGCAUCGAAAAUGGGCAAAAGAUGCGUAAAGUUGCAAUUUUUUUCAGACUACCCCUGUAUAGUAUAAUAUGGCUAAUAAGACUUUAGUGACAUUCAUUGAUAUUUAGUGUCAUUUUAAAAUGCGUCACUAUACACGGUGUAAUGACAUGCUAAUACCGGAUAAUCGAAUAAAAACGGCGUCAGCGAUGGCUAUGAAAUGAAGAUCGCUGUCAUUUUAUAUGUAAAUUUAUAUAGGAAAUGCCAUCGAUCGUCAUUUCCAAGCCAACUGGACGUCGUUUUUAUUCGAUCAUACGGUAUUUAUGGGUGUGAUUUUUGGACCUAUUUUAAGAAAAAAGCUUCAUAUGAAUGUAUGUCCUAAACAUCUUGACUUUUGAGAUACAGGGUGGUAAAAUUUUCUAAAAAAAGUAUAGAAAACGUGUACCAAGUUUAAUAAAGAUGAUAAUAAAAUCGGAGUGACUAUGAAAAAAAGUAAUUUUUUACAAAAAUUUACCACCCUGUAUCUCGAAAGUUAAGACGUUUAGGACGCACAUUCCUAUGAAGUUUUUAUCUUAGAAUAUGUUCAGGAAUCACCCCCUUAAAUAUGUAUUAGCAUGUAAUUAAGGAACACCCUGUAGAAAGAGAAAUUCUUCGGUUUUAUAAACUGAACUACCUAAAAACUUAUACCAGUAAAAAUAAAUUAUAUGUAUAUCUCAUAGAAAACAUAGUUGAUCACCACUCAGCAUUUUUUUUGCAUCUAUAUUGUAUAAAAAACUUUAUUUUAUCAAAUAAAUUUUUUGUGCUAAAGGAAAUAUUCUAAAUAAAUCAAAUAAAACUUAAAUCAAUUAAUUGAAACAACUCAUUAUAUGAGUGUUCAGCAAAGAAUGACCAUAUAUUAAUUUAGUUUCCUUAAGUCAUUUUUAAAUAAUUUAUUUUUGUAAAUAGAAUUUUGUUAAGAGGUAUAACCCUUUUUAGUGCUAUGUAUAUUUCUGUUUUCCAAUGUAAUAAAUUGUUUUACAAAU